AUGUAUUCCGGGUCGUCAGAUUCUCAAAGCACAGUUUCGUCGACCAACGAAAAACACGAAGCCCGUGCCGAGGAAGAUACACCGUCCUUUCGCCAACGAGAUGACCAAGCUCCGUUUUUCAAAACAUACAGUCUCCUCGAAAGUGGUGCGACCUCUCUCGUUCGCUAUAAUGACCUCGUCUUUCAUAACGGGGAAGUUAAACAGAGACGGAAAGUGGUAAGCCGGGAGUCUGUUGAAUGGGAGGGGAGGAUAAGGUCGAAUUGUCUGUUGCUGGAUGGACAAGAGCUCCUUAAAUGGAAACUCUGCUGCUCCGAAUUAUACAAGGCGAAUUUCUAUAAAAGGAACAUUAAAAGUGAUAUUUUACCGCACCUGGAUCUGCGUGACGAUGACUUGGAUCUUCUCGAGAAAAUCUCAACAGACUGUCAAGGCAGUUUUCGUGAAGCCUGGGAAGAGCUAGGGAAAAUUGAGAAAGCGGACCACUGGAAGAGAUUGUCCCUAUGGUUGCUACACAACUCCCCUGAAUUAGCUUGGGAGUUUCUCCUCGUUACGUGCCAGAGUGCGCACAAGCCAGUGUUCUUGAUGGUGGCUAAUUCCGUGAUCUUCUUGGAUGCUUUCUAUUCCGAUAAGCUAAAGCGUCGGGAAAUACCAGGUCAUACAUACCGAUCAGUCAUUGAAACGUGCUUAGAUCCAACACUGUGGCCCGUUGUUUUCUUGCCUCAGAAAGGUGUGCGGCUCUAUAUCCAGAGAGCCGACCGGCACAAAGUAUAUCAGGCUUAUAACAUUGUGCACGAACGCGGUUCGGACAUCAAAGCUGAGACCUGGCUCUGUUUUAUGCACCGGUUUACAGAACUGGGUGAUGUUGACAAGGCAUUGGAGGCACUUGCACAGGUUCAGCAGUUGAAACGACGCGAUUUUACACUGGAUUCUGUAGCAGUCAUGCGUCACUGCUGCAAAUUACUGCUGCUAGACUCUGUUCGGGAUGAUUCCAAAGGACGCAACUUUCGCAUUCUCCCGAAGCUCCUCGAAAUGGGAGUGCGGCCAGACCGGGACAUGAUGAAUAUUGUUCUCGCUAAUGCUUUCAAGACCGGAGACCCGCAAUUGGGAUAUGACAUGUUGACUUACAUGAAAAACCAAGGCAUAGAACCGGAUUCGUACACUUAUCUCACCCUUCUCAAUGAUGCUGUUGUUCGUGGCGAUCGGGAGCGUGUGGAUUUAUUGACGCAGGAGAUUCGGCCCGUGGAAGAGUUCCAGAAAAACCCAUGGAUAGCGAGCAAGCUGCUCCAUGCGCAUUUUACCUUCACGGCGAAACAUAUUGACGCAGACGUCGACCCCAACACGAUAUUCUACUCCAUGCUGGACAUGUAUAACCAAUUAUACGACCUAACUCCUCUAAAAGAGCUCACCAUCAUUCCCCCACAGUAUGCUCCUCUGAUACGAGGCGACAAUUCUCCCCCAUCCGUUGUGGCUCUGUACAUUAUUAUCGCGACCUACCUCCGAUGCCAGAACAAUGUGUCCAACGCGCAGCGCGUCUAUACCAAGUUUAAGUCGCUCGUGGCGCAGGGACAUAAAACCAUAGCCCCUCUCCAAGUUACGGACCAUGUCUAUAAUGAGUUCCUAGUGGCUUUCCGGGACGAUCCCCGCGGGCUGCGACCGGCUGUACGACUGGUGGAGGAUAUGCUGCAAGCUUCUAAUGACCUACUCGACAGUGGCCGGGACAGUCUGGUUAUUGUUCCUGCAAAGCCAACCGUCCGAACGUGGACCCUUUUACUUGCCACGUUCAUCUACAGCCGACAACCGCUUGCGGCAGAAAAAGUGAAAGAUAUGAUGGCCAAGCACCAGGUCGAGUAUAACGUCAUUACCUGGAACGUUAUAAUCAGUGGCUACGCCAAUGCACAGAACAUCCCUGAGGUUGCCAAAACUAUAAAAGCCAUGGAAAAGCAAGGGUUUGCUAUCGACGAGUGGACUAUGAAGAGCCUCCGCUACCUCCGGGAUCCGGAACGCCUGUGGGUGGCACUCGAAGAGCUGGACAAAGGGCCCGAACCUCGAAUUGACCUCCCAGAGCCGGAAACAGCAUCCCCUCUUGUACUGGAUGAGAACGAGGCGAUGGAAAACGAACGACAGCUCGAUCAAGGUCUGCAGCGUCUCAGCCGUCGUACCUAA